AUGUCCCGCGCCGCCGAAGGGGCGGGGAGGGCAAGUCGUGGCGUGAGGCAGGAUGAGGUAGAAGUGGAGUUGGAAGGCCAGCGCUGUACUGCCGAGGUGGAUGUAGGGCACGUUCUCCGGUCGAGCGAGGGGUACAGGGGAGAUGUAUUUCCGGAAGAGAUGUUCUUCGAUGUGGGCGGGGAGAGGAGGGCCGAGUUGCGGGGUGGUGUUGACGGUGAAGCGGCAGAUCCAGGAUUUUUUGAGGACGGCGAGGGAUUUGGGGAAGAGGAGGAUUUCUUUGACGCCGGCGAUGUCGUGUUCCGGGUGGGUGGAGAGGAGGCGGUUGGAGAGGGAGAGGCCCGGUUUGAGGGGUUCGGGUGCGGUGGGUUUGCUUUGGAGGCUGCUGAGGCUGCUGCGUGUGCGGCGGCUGCUGCUGCGGGUGCUGUGGGGCAUGAAGACGUUGAGGAAGCUGCCGGAUGGCUGGUAUCUUUAUGA